UAACCAUUCGGAUUUUAGAUAAAAUAUGCUGUCAAAAUAAUAACACACAGAUAUCAAUUAAACUUAUACUAAUAGAGAAUACGAUCUCUGGUGCUUUUAUUGUUAUUAAUAACUGAUCCGGUUUAUGUUCCUUAAUAAAUAAAAGAACUAAAUCAAUAAAAAAAAAAACUAAAUCAAUAAGAAAUUAUACAUGUCGUUUUAGUCAAAAUAAAUAUCUAAAUAGAAUGCUCUAUAUCCAGGUUUAGACCAAAUUAAUAAUUAGACGAAAUACCAUAGAGAACAUGUGAAUCAUUUUCUGGGAUAAGUGCCUAGUGAGGUUAGCACUCGCCUGGGACGGUGCCAAGUUGGGGCAUCAUUUGGCACCACAACACAACGCAGUUUCAGUCUUAUAAAGCUACCCAGUAACGCCAGCUGUAGAUUCCCUUGACAGAUCACUCACCAAUUCAUAAUCUCCUUGACCGGUCAAAUUCCGUAAAGAUAACCCGUGAUUCGUACAUGGAGGCGAAGAAUAACACUCGUGAUAACAGUGGAUAUCAUCAAGAGGAAAUUCUGACUGGACUCUCCAUAGGAGACGUAUAAAAUACCCUCCCUAUCAAGACCAUACUUUCACCACGUUCUGUUUUCUACUAAUCCAUUGCAUCAUACUUCCCCUACAUGUCCGCAUUUCAUCUUUGCAAACACUUCUAUCAACACUACAAAUCCAGUUAAUGAAGCUACAACCCAUAACUCCCACAAAUAUACCAAACACUUAUAUGCACUUCUUAUUUACACUUGUACUUAUACCCUGAGGGUUUUAGCAUCUCUUACCACCCCAUAGCAAAUGUUCAUCAUACCAGCAUCCGCUACCCAGCCAGAUGACGGCCUUCCAGCAUCUUGGGCAUCGAGAGAGGUGGACGAAGAGGAGGCACAGAGAGAUGUGGUAGCCGCUCCGAGAACAGUGCUGAGACUCAUGGCAAGCAUAUCACUGGGCCUGGACGUGGUAGGCGCAGGGAUCCAAGGCUCAGUGUUGGAGAGAGAAGAGCGGAGUUUCUACCGCUGUCUCCUCAAAGCCGAGGGAAUAGUCGUGGGGAGCCGGUGGAAUGCCUCGCCGACGACAGUGCCGCUGCCCACCUGCUAUGCGCAUGAUAUUCGAUUCGUGAGGAUCUGCACAGGCGCGGGUACAGUGGUGUUGGUCUGUCAUAUCAUCGCCAUCCUCCUGCUGCUAAUCGCUCUUGCUAUUGGGCGGCGUCGUCUCAGCUUCCCCUGGUUGGGCUGGAGCCUGCUGGUGGCGCUGCAAGAGGUGAUACUCAUCGGGGCGUGUUGGUCCCUCUUGUACUCGGCUGAGCUGACUCUCUUCGGCUGCCACGCCCUAAUGCUGGUGACGAGCGUGGUCCUCGCAAUGCCUUUCCUGCAGGACAGCGUGGUGUGGGCUCCUGUUUCACCAGCCUGAUAGAACACGCUCCCGAGACACUUCGGAAGGAAAAAUAAAAUAGCAAGCUUUUCUCCC